AUGCCGGUGUUUGUGGAGGAUCCUGCUCACUUCUCCAAAUCUCGACUCAAGUCAGAUUUAAUUGCCCACAAUGUCGCGCUGCCACCCUCCAAGAGCAAGAAGCAAGCUUAUGUGGAGCUGCACAUGAAACACGUUGAUCAAAAAAACGCUGCGGAUUUCUCCAGCGACGAAGAGGAUCAAGUGGAAGAAGUGGAAGAAGACGAUACAGAAAUGCCCGACCCAAGUAAUUUGACUGAUGAUGACCUCAGGGCUGCAUUGCUUGUGCAUGGAGUCAAAGCUGGGCCCAUAGUAGGUUCCACCAGAGCCUUGUAUGAGCAGAAGCUCAGGAAGUUGCUUGAGUCUGAUGGACAUGACAAAAGGAAUGGAACAGAGGAAGCUGUAUUGUACUCUGACAGUGAAGAAGAGGAGGAAAAUGGGAAAGAGGAUGAUGAAGAAUCAGGUUCUGAAGGAGCAAGACAAGAAACCGUUGCACAGUCAGAACAGACCCAGAAAAAGAGCAGCCAGGUAGAGUUGCUUUUUCAGAAAGGUGGUUAUGUUUACCCACAGUGUUUUUUACCCUCAUCCAGACUGCGUGCUCGUGCUUCCCGACACAGGGAACCUAGUACCAAGUGGAAUUCAGGGAAUGUGUUAAAAUCAUCAGAGCAGAGUCGGUCUUGGAGCUCCCAGAUUCCCGCAGGAAUUAGUAGAGCAUCCUCUGUUGAUCAACGCUCGGGAUUAGGAUCAGGGAUGGAGAGUCGGACGUCACUCUCUACUAAUGUAGACACUGAGAGAGAGUUGAAUGGGAGCAAUGUUCAGGAGCAUUGGUCGCGGUCCAACGGGGUGGACAUGCCAGCUGUAGACGAGAAUAACCAGUCUGUGUUCUACACUCCCAAGGCUUCCACUUAUGAAUGGAAAACAAAGCUUGCUCCAGAGCCUGUGAAAGAUAUUUACAAGGACUUGAUUCCAGACAUUAAGACCACACCUACAGGGAUCCAUGCCACUCGCCGGAGACCAAUCAAGGGUGCAGCAGGGAGACCUAUCCAGUACGCAUAUCCAGAUACUCCUUCCAGUCCCACCACCCUGGAGAGGCGAGAGGUUGAGCGCCGCCUUGUACCCAUCCACAUACAGAUUUUGGUCUUCUUCAUUGUGGCGUCGCUCUUGUACUUAAUUUAUGCUUGUAUUGAAGACAACUCAUUCAGUCCAUUUGUGGCCUUACUGGACAGUCUAAACCAGGAAUCAGACAUUGAGGAGGGGCUUUUGCUUCAGGCUGAGACCCAGGACACACCAGCACUCUUUGGACAGAAGUAAAACUCAGUUUCUACAGAUGUGAAGGUUGCUUUUUUUUUUGUUAAUGUUUCAGCUUUUAACACGCUAGCUAGCCAUAAUGACUUUGGGAUACAUUCAUGGUGCACAUAUUAAUUUGAACACUUUUUUGUUGACUGUGUUUGUGUGUCUUUUUUGGAGUUUGUUUC